AUGUCGUCAAGAAUCAGACAGAUGCGUGAGGCUCUUCGAAGUCAUCUAGAGAAGCUUGGAACACCCGGCUCAUGGAGUCAUAUAACACAACAAAUCGGAAUGUUCAGCUACACUGGUCUUAACGCAGCCCAAGUUGACCAUCUGGUGAAGAAGCACAAGGUGUUCCUGCUGAAGGAUGGACGUAUUAGUGUGUGCGGUCUGACAACGAAAAAUGUCGAGCAUGUGGCAAAAGCCAUCGAUGACGCCGUAAGAAAUGUGUCCAACUCCAACUUGUAG